AUGAGGUCACUAUCAUUCCUGGGCGUUUCCUCGCUCGCCCUCUCCUCCCUCGCCCUGCCUACCAUGAAUCAGAACCAGCAUCGAUUCGUGGGCCUUGCCGAUCUUGCCGAUGAGGACAAACCGCAAGCUAUCAAAGAUGCAUUCAGCCAUGCGUGGAAGGGCUAUAUGACUUACGCUUACCCAAUGGACGAACUCCGGCCAGUCUCCAACGGGGGAUCCAACCCACUGAACGGUUGGGGAGCCACGCCAGUUGAUGCGCUUUCGACUGCCAUCAUCAUGGGCUUGCCAGAUGUCGUGAACCAGAUCCUGGAUCAUAUUAGCAAGAUCGAUUUCAGCAAGACAGACGAUCUCUGCAGCUUGUUUGAGACCACUAUCCGCUACCUAGGGGGUUUGAUAUCUGGUUACGACCUGUUGAAGGAUUCAGGAGCUAUGAACGCAGAUCCCAAAAAAGUCGAUGUCCUGCUCAAGAAAGCUGUAGAGCUUGCGGAUGUCCUUAAAUUCUCAUUCAACUCUACCACCGGCAUUCCCUCAAACACCCUGAACAUUCCUAAGCAGAUUACUGACGGCGCCACCAGCAACGGCCUUGCAACGGUCGGAACGCUGGUUCUUGAGUGGACGCGGCUCUCUGACUUGACCAACAAGGAAGAGUACGGCAAGCUUGCCCAGAAGGCUGAGGAGUACUUGCUCAACCCCCAGCCCAAGUCGAACGAGGUAUUCCCCGGUCUUGUUGGAGGAAGCAUCAACAUCCAGACCGGCAAGUUUGAGCGUGCCAGCGCCAGCUGGGAGGGUGGUGAUGAUUCCUUUUACGAAUAUCUGAUCAAGAUGUACGUCUACGACAGUAGUACGUUUGGAAAAUACAAAGACAGAUGGGUGCUGGCUGCCCAGUCGACAAUUGAACAUUUGAAAUCUUCCCCUUUGCUACACCCUGACACCACAUUUGUUGGAGCCUGGGCAAACGGAGCAUUGGUCAAGAGCUCCCAGCAUCUCGCUUGCUUUGAUGGAGGCAACUUCAUCCUCGGCGGACGAGAGCUAAACCGACCUGACUUCACCCGAUUCGGACUGAAGCUGGUUGACGGCUGCCACAAGACUUAUGCCAACACAGUGACCAAGAUCGGACCUGAAUCCUGGGGUUGGGACGAGAAGAACGUCCCCAGGGACCAGGCUUCCUUCUUCGCCAAGUCUGGCUUUUAUAUAAACAGCUCUGGCUAUGUCUUGAGACCUGAGGUCAUCGAGAGUUUCUACUACGCUUACCGAGUCACUGGAGACAAGAAGGUAUGUAUACUCGUCAUUCUAUGCACACGGGUUCAUAUGUUGCUUUCUCGACUAAUUUCCCCUCGCUCUAAACAGUAUCAACAAUGGAUCUGGGAUGCCUUUGUGGCCAUCAGCGAAACCACAAAGACGGACAGCGGUUUCUCCUCCAUCAGCGAUGUCAACGCUGCUAAGGGCGGAUCCAAGACGGACAGCCAGCCCAGCUUCUUCUUUGCAGAGACUCUGAAGUACACCUACCUGGCUUUCUCCGAUGAAGCCGACUGGCAGAUUAGCCGUAGUGGAAAGGACAAGUUCGUCUUCAACACGGAGGCUCACCCCAUCCGUGUCCGCAACUAGGCCUCUUCUAAUCAACUUUCCUUUCACUGUACAUAUUAUUCUUUGCGCUGCAAGGCUGUCCGCCCUUCUACUUACCUCUUCUAAUUCAACUUCUUGCCUGCUUCUUUGCUUUCCCCGGAUUUUUCCUGCUUAGUAAUCUGCUUUGUCAUAAAUUAAUAAUCUAUCACUAUUACCUAAUCU